AUGUCAGACAGCAUGCAUGACCAAGCAUCUCUUCAGAGAAACAUAGCUACAUUUCAAGUUCUCGUUAACUGCAAGACUCAUUUCUCAGGGGAAAAAUUCUUCACACAGGUUGACAAAGAGACCAAACAGCUGGACGCCAUGAGCCGAGCCCCUUCCUGCUGGAUGCGAUACGCCGACCAUCGCAAUGGUGAUAUCGUCAUGCAAGAUGUUUUCGUCCCGAAACACGGUGACACACCCAACACCUAUUACUGCACUCUGCAGUGGAACGCCGGGCACGAGGGGGGUGGGUACUGCGGGAUCCAGUCCCACGCUCACGGCCAAAAGAACUACAUUUUCUCUCUCUGGAAAUCGCGGUCACACCCAGACAUUCCCAUUGGCAUUCCAUACAAGGGCCACGGAACCACGACGACACCGUUUGGUGGCGAAGGGACCGGGAUGAAGUCGAUGAACUACUCGCUCGGAUGGAAAGACAACCACUGGUACACGACCGUCGUCAGAAGAUGGCACCACCAGCAACACACCUACUUCGGUUUUUGGAUCCACGACCAAUCGGCGAACUCGUGGGCACACCUGGUUACCAUGGACUACCCAGCGAGAGCCGAAUUCUACACCCAGACGGGCUCGUUCAUCGAGGACUGGGCCGGGUCCGGACAGCACCAGCGAGAAGUUCACUUCAGACACGGCUUCAAGCGACGCACGGACCAGACGUGGACCGCGUUCACCGCCGCCAACUUCAGUGUGGUCCAAGAAGCCUCCACCAAGGACUACAACGACAACUACAACGCCGGGGUGCAACACGGCUACUACUUCAUGCAGAGCGGCGGCAACACAACGCCAAGUGCCCACCUGGGAACGAGCAAGACGAUCCACAACCACUCGACGCCCAGCCACCCUCCCAACAAACCCAUCCACUUCUCCAUCACCUCCGCCACGUCCUCCGAGGUGACCUGGCACGUGGCCGAGUCGGAGACGCCACAGUUCAGCUACAGCGUGACCGUCGACAAGAAUCCGUACCCGGCAGCGUCGGACGUGGAUCCAGAGAAGCGUAGCGUCAAGUUGAAUGUCGGUGCAGCUUCCGAGGUCGAGGUCACACUGGAAGAUCUUCUGGGACGUCGCGUGACCAAGUCUAUGGCUAUACACUGAAGAUGACUAAAUCGCAGCCAGAUGAUACUGCAAGAGUAGAAUCAUAUCUUAAAACGACAGACCCUAGUUUUUAAACACUAAGACAUAGUGUUCACUAUAAUUAGAGCGGUUUAUAAUCACUGAAAUCAAACAUUACUUAUAUUUUAUUGUUUAGAUAAUCCAUUUCCGUACAACCGAAGUGUUUCUUGUCAUCCUGGUGUUUGUAAUUUCCA